GAGUUUGUAAUUCCACUACACGCGCACAUGACGAAACUCGCUGUGGUCGUUUUUUUCGCCCUCUACGGCCUUCACGGGAACUUUUCCGGGACCACACCAUCAUAGAGCUUCCUAAAAUGCACACCAUUACAUCUGCGGACUUGCAUUGCACCGUGCUGAAGAGUCAGCUGUUGGAGCAGCGAGGUUGGAGUGAGCCGCGUCAGUGAGGGAUGGGCGCGCGUGUGUGCCGCCGUGCGGUUCUGGCCUGACCAACAACUGGCAAACCGUUGUCAAGGAACCGGCAUCAAGUGGACUGUAGCACGCGAUUCUGGCAAGCACAUUUUUACUGCAAAAAUGCGUGCAACCGUGCAACUUCAUGGUAUGUUUGCACAAGUGUACUGGGCAUGUGUCUAGGGGUGAUGGCCACUGAGCAGGCGCGGUCGGGUCGCAUGCCUGUGGUGGUGUGUCCGUCUCAGCUGGACUUCUACCUCGACCAACAGGAGAGCCACAAGCAGGUGCUCACUCUGUACAACAUCAAUGACUUCUCAGUCCGCUUCCAGUUGUUGUCGAAUGCACCAAGACGCUAUGCAGUUGCAGAGCCUGAGGGAAUGCUCAAGCCCCACUCCUUCACUGACGUGGUGGUGCGGCACCGGGAAGCAGUGGAAGGUAAUGUGGGCCGUCGUGACCACCUGCGCGUCAUCAUGUACGAGGAAGGAGGCCGUCUGCAUGGACACAGAGACGUGCCGGCCACCCUGCGCCCUCCACGCGGUCGAGGGGACGAGCCAUGCUCAACCAGUUCUGUGCCCCUGGAGCCAUCUUUGGGAACUGAGCGACAGCCAAGCCGUGCUGCUGCAAAUGGGCCCAGCUUUGCAAUAGUACUGGUGGCGUUGGUGUGCCUGGCAGCACUAGUGCUGCCAUUGGAAGGAGCAAGUGGCGGCAGCCAUCCGUACCUGCAGCUAACCCAUCAGCAGAAGCUGGUAGCUGCGUACAUACUUGGGCUCGUCACAAUGAUCAUCAUUCGCCAGUGAAGAAGGGCCCAGACGAGGUCCUCCCCAGCAGCUUUGUAAAUUGCUGUGUGGCUUUGAGGCCUUCCUGUUUUUAAUAAAGUGUGCAAGGACUG